AUGGUUCUCCUCGAGGACGAACAAUUUUUCAUGGAGGGCAAUUGUUCCGAUCCCAUUGUUUUGAAACAUGUUAGAGAAAUAGCAGUUGAUGGUCGUUCGGCAACACCUUGGUUGUCUGUUAAAGAGAAAAUACCAGCUAGGAUCGAGUACUGCGUCAGAAUUGUGGAGAACUACCAGAAACGUUGCUUAGGUGGAGAGAUCGACUUGAGUAGCGGUACCGAGGGGAGAGCUUUGCUGGAUAUGAUCAUCAACAAAGUCCUUUCGUUCGAUGAUGCCCCUUUCACGUGGCGAAGGUUUUGUGAACUAUUGUACGAUCCCUUGAGGAAUUACUCGAACGCUAUGAAGUAUCUUCGUGCUUUGUGCAAAGUGAUCGAUGUGCAGAUGACAGUUAAAGAAAGCCAGAACCUUCGACGCCUUCAACCAGAGCCCUUUCAAUCCUUCACCCCUGUUCGAUUGUUUUUCGACGAGAGCAACGUGAAAAGCACUGAUCGAAAAAGAGUUAGCGAAGACGUGGAAGAGGCAAAGAAACGCUUAAAACUGAACGUAGAGGAGGAUAAAGAGAACGAUAAUAUCCAGUCUGGUGGGGAUCACUAG